AGCUCCUGGAACACAGGAACAAAAGGAGGGAGGGGGAUUGCUUCUCUCUUCUCUCCCUCUGGCUUUAAAAAGUGAAACCGCUUUUUGUAGAGGGGAGGUGGGAGAGUGUGUGUGUGUGUGUGUGUGUGUGUAGUGUGGGCACAGUGCUGCACCUUCACCAUCCCAUCUGCACUGUCAGGAGUAUUUAAUGCAGGGAGCCCGACCCGAAUCCCAGAAGCGACGCGGAGCUGCGGCCGAGGACCCGACGCCACGACGAGCAUGAACGACGUCAAGCUGGCCCUGCUGGGGAGCCAGGGGGCCGGCAAGUCAGCUGUCCUUGUGCGAUUCCUGACCAGACGCUUCAUCGGUGAAUACGCCUCGAAUGCAAACUCUUUGUACCACAAGAGGCUGUCGAUCGACGGCCGGCAGCUGAACCUCGAAGUGUUUGACCCCUGCUCUCAGAGCUCCGAGGCCCGGUGCAUCCUGGAGGAGCCAGUGGACUGGGCAGACGGUUUCGUGGUGGUGUACAACAUCAGCGACCGCUCCUCCUUCGUCAACGCCAAAAGCAUCCUGCGGCAGAUCCGGGAGGCGCGCACCGACAGCUGCAAAGGGGACUCGGACGUUCCCGUGUGCCUGGUGGGCAACAAGCAGGACCUGUGCCACGUCCGGCAGGUGCGAGAGGACGAAGGCCGCCGGCUGGCGCAGGAAACCCGCUGCCACUUCCAGGAAGUGUCGGCGGCUGAGAGCUACCAGGACAUUGCUGGCCUCUUCACCCGGCUCAUCCGCCAGGUGAUGGAGCACCUGAAGUACCGAGCCGACCGCCGGCGCUACAGCGGCUCCAAGUCCAUGGCCAAGCUCAUCAACAACGUGUUUGGCAAGAGGAGGAAAUCAGUGUGACGGUCCCAGCUGGAGAGUGACAUGAAAACAAAGUCAGGCUGGGUGAACUGAGAGGUUGCUUCUUUCUUCUUCUUCUUUUCCAACAAAGCCAUAGUCGAGGCACGCAGCAGAGCUUCAUGUUCAUUCGGUACCGUUGAAACGUACUCCUGAACAUCUCCACUUGUCACGCUACGGCCACGACUUUAAUCUACUUUCUUGUAUAAGACAUACAAAGUGGUGCAUGACUGUAAAAUGAAGCUUGGUUUAUGAAUAUUCUUUGCAAAUGAAACUUCCCCUUUGGCCCAACUUAGGUCUAGUCAGAGAUUUUCCAUUGGAUUUAGCUUUAGACAUUGACUAGGCCACAGGAGCACCUGAAUGUGCUUUGACCUAAAGCAAAACAGCAGCUGCUGUCGACGUUUCUGUUUUUGUGUGUGUUUUUUUUUUGCUAAUGUUGAAAAAACUAUUUUGCAAUUGCGGUAUUUCCAAUAAAAAAAGUAAAAUAAAAGAAAACGCAUUUAAAAUCACGUGAAUAAUUACGUUCAGGCGAUGAGUCAAUUAAAACACAUGUUUUUCUGAACCAUCUUGAA